UGUUUGGUGUUGCUAAGCAAAGACUGCGACUUGGACAGUGGGAGCUUGUGGUGACAUCUUGAUUAGGCCUUGGGGACAGAUGUAGAGCUGCCCUGGGUGAAAUGCCGAGACAGGCCUGGGUGGGAAUGGGUCAUAGAAUCUAGGUAAAGAGGAGCCUUGGCAGCAGAAGCCUCAGCCUCGAACAGAGAUCCAAGGAGCCUCAGCCUCUUCCCCACAAUAGAGCUGGGGAUGGGCGUCUUUCUUUGCUCCUGUACCCACUGUUCCCUGAUAGCAGGCUAGCAUCCUGCCACCCUGGAGCCCAUGGUCAAGAAAGGGAAAGCAGUUAGGAUAAGGUUCCUUGUAGAGAAGUGUGGAGCUUCUCAGACCUCAUGGCUGUUCCCUGGAGGCAGCCGCUCUUUGAAGGGAUCGAGGAAGGGCAGCAGGAGUGAAGGGCUGGUGGGACCUUGCCCAUUUCCUCUCUCUCCCUCCUGUUUUUCUGCCCCAAACCCGCCUCCUUGCUCCUCUGAUGUCAACCUCAUGCUUUGGCUUUGCCCUCUGGGGGUUCAGCCAGUCUACGAUGACUUUGACCAAGAAAAUUUCUCUGAGACCUGAGAGUGGCCUUAAUUCUUGACUUUGACAGUCUGGGGUUUCUUGGAAGUCCCAGGCAUUUGAAGUUCCCUCACUGGGGUUUCUGGGACUGACAGAGGAACUGCUGAACUUCCUAAAUCUGACUUUAGUCGCCUUCACCCGCCGGCUAGAACUCAAACUCCCUGGGUCCCCAUAAAGACUUUCUGGCACCUGAAACAGAUUCAUUUUUAUGUAUUGGCUCCAUAAAAGUAGAAUUGAGCCUAUUUUCCCUGUUACCUUUAUCUUAGGGAGGGCAGUGGCAUCAACGACCCUCUCAGACUACCUGGGUGACUGUGGAGGCACCUGCUCUUCCUCCUGUUCCCAGGCGUAAUAAGGAAGGGACAAAGGAUACGUUCCUCUUAAUGUCCCUAACUAUCCCUUUAAGCAUAUUUUCCCCAUAUGUCAAGCCUAGUAGGCUGGGAUUAGAGAUGGAUUUCCAGCAAGUUCACUCAUUGUUUUAGGGUCAAGGGCUCAGCACCAGGGCCCCGAGCCCAGUUCUUCCCCCAUUACGAACAUCAAGUGAUUUAGGGCAAGUUAGCACUAACAUCUGAAAAGGAACAAGGAGACCCUCCUUUUAGCCCUUUCAACCAUAGUAAACCUAACACUCAGUUAAAGGAUGUAUUGUAAAACUGGGUCUGAGGCUACACAUCUCAACCCACAACUUCUGAAAUGCUUACUUUGAUGAUAUGUCUGUGGUUCUGACUUGGGCAAAUUUUCUAGAUAACCAUGGUUCAUCUAAAGAGCCCCAGCUGGGAAAACUCAGUUUCAAGCUAUAGGCAUUUUCUAUAGAUCGUGAACAAAUUUCCGCAGGCUUUGAUGGGAUAGAAUGGGGGAAAUGGGACUUUAGAAGAGGAUAUGCAUGGGAAAUGGUCCCAAAGUCCUGAGUGGUUGUUUUCUUCCCACUGACCAAAGCUGGAGAGGGAUCCCUCAGGAGGGUGUGUUCCGGAUUUCUUGCCUCAGGCCCAAGACUCCAACCAUUUUAUAAUGGAAUCUUUAUUUUGUGAAACCCAUUGACAAGUCCUUGAAACAGGCAGAGUGACCUUCCUCUAGGAGCUCAGCUGCCUCGAUGAUGACACUUUGCUGGGGGCAGAAGAGAAUCUUAGCUUAAGAUUAUUCCAACCCCCCAGGAUCCUGUAGCGGGGACUCAUCUCUGGAGAAGGAGUUCCUUGGGGCCCCAGUGGGGCCCUCAGUGAGCACCCCCAACAGCCAGCACUCUUCUCCCAGCCGCUCACUUAGUGCCAACUCCAUCAAGGUGGAGAUGUACAGCGAUGAGGAGUCGAGCAGACUGCUGGGGCCAGAUGAGCGGCUCCUAGAAAAGGACGACAGUGUGAUCGUGGAAGACUCGUUGUCAGAGCCCCUGGGCUACUGUGACGGAAGUGGGCCAGAACCUCACUCCCCCGGGGGCAUCCGGCUGCCCAAUGGCAAGCUCAAAUGUGAUGUCUGCGGCAUGGUCUGUAUCGGACCCAAUGUGCUCAUGGUGCAUAAGCGCAGCCACACGGGUGAAAGGCCCUUCCACUGCAACCAGUGUGGCGCCUCCUUCACCCAGAAGGGGAACCUGCUGCGCCACAUCAAACUGCACUCUGGGGAGAAGCCUUUCAAAUGUCCCUUCUGUAACUACGCCUGCCGCCGGCGUGAUGCUCUCACUGGCCACCUCCGUACACACUCCGUCUCCUCUCCCACGGUGGGCAAGCCCUACAAGUGUAACUACUGUGGCCGGAGCUACAAACAGCAGAGUACGCUGGAGGAGCACAAAGAGAGGUGCCACAACUACCUACAGAGUCUCAGCACUGAAGCCCAAGCUCUGGCUGGACAAGCAGGUGAUGAGAUACGUGACCUAGAGAUGGUGCCGGACUCCAUGCUGCACUCAUCCUCUGAGCGGCCAACCUUCAUUGAUCGGCUGGCCAACAGCCUCACCAAACGCAAGCGUUCCACCCCCCAGAAGUUUGUAGGUGAAAAGCAGAUGCGUUUCAGCCUCUCAGACAUCCCCUAUGAUGUGAACUCGGGUGGCUAUGAGAAGGAUGUGGAGUUGGUGGCACACCAUGGCCUGGAGCCUGGCUUUGGAGGUUCUCUGGCCUUUGUGGGGACAGAGCAUCUGCGUCCCCUCCGCCUUCCACCUACCAAUUGCAUCUCAGAACUCACACCCGUCAUCAGCUCUGUCUACACCCAGAUGCAGCCCCUCCCUGGCCGACUGGAGCUUCCAGGGUCCCGGGAAGCAGGUGAGGGACCUGAGGACCUGGCUGAUGGAGGUCCCCUCCUCUACCGGGCCCGAGGCCCCCUAACCGACCCUGGGGCAUCCCCCAGCAAUGGCUGCCAGGACUCUACAGACACAGAGAGCAACCACGAAGAUCGGGUUGGGGGGGUGGUAUCCCUCCCUCAGGGUCCCCCACCCCAGCCACCUCCCACUAUUGUGGUGGGCCGGCCCAGUCCUGCCUACGCCAAAGAGGACCCCAAGCCACAGGAGGGGUUACUGCGGGGCACCCCAGGCCCCUCUAAGGAAGUGCUCCGGGUGGUGGGUGAGAGUGGGGAGCCCGUGAAGGCCUUCAAGUGUGAGCACUGCCGAAUCCUUUUUCUGGACCAUGUCAUGUUCACCAUCCACAUGGGCUGCCAUGGCUUCAGAGACCCUUUCGAGUGUAAUAUCUGUGGUUACCACAGCCAGGACCGGUACGAAUUCUCUUCCCAUAUUGUCCGGGGGGAGCACAAGGUGGGCUAGCCACCUACUGCCCUCCCCUCAGUUGGCCACUCCACUGCCCUGCCUACACGAGUCUAGCUCUGUCCCCACUACAUCCCAAGGAGUUUUGCUUGGUAGCCCCCACCACUGGCUACCUGACUUCACACUUGACCCUGACCCCUCUUCACCUAUUCUCUACCCUGACUGAUUUAAGCAUUGUGAUGAAACAGGCCUUUUUGCUUACGUUUCUCCUUUCCUCUUCUCCUCCCAUCCUAGCGUAUUCAGAAUUAUUUAUUAAUAUAAUUUGUUGAUUUUUCUUUUGCUUUUUUUCCUCUUAACUUGUAUCAGUCACUUGCCACCACCCCCACACUCCUCCUGCCCACAGUCCCUUUCCACUUCAGGCCUCAUUUUUCUUUCUUUGAUCCAGCUUUCUCUAACAGCCCUAGUGGUAAGAAGCUCCUCUUAGUCCUAAAAGUCCUGAGCUUCUUGUGUUAAGUCCUCACCUUUUGCUUUAUUCGAUUCUUCAGUUUUGCUGCUGAUAGCUCCCUCUGGCCCUACGUUAGCUCUGUGGCAUUAUAUCUCUUCUCUGGGGCCCUCCGACCUGGUACUCCACACCUCUUGUGCCCUCUCACUUUAGGCAGCUUGCACUAUGCUUGAACAAAUGAAGGCUUUCCUCAUUUGGAAGUAGGAGGGGCUGAAGAAAUUCUCCCUAGGCACUGUGGGACUGAAGGUCCUCUUGAUGUUCCCCUAGUAAUAUGAGUUUCCCAAAGCCCACACUUGGGAAUCUCCCUCUGAGAUGUGAUCUAUCUCUUCUCUCCUCAAACAACCCCCAACACUGCUACUCUCUUCAACCUGCCGGUCUACUCAGUGGUGGUUUUUCUCUCCUUGGCGUGCCCCAAUUUUAUAUUCUCAGGGGCCAAGGCUAGGUCUGCAAUCCUGUCUCUGACAUGUUGGGAGCCACAGGUGCCUAAUUGGGAACCAGGGCAUGGGAAGGGGGUGAUUUAAAAUUCUUAUCUUUCUCUUCCGCCUCUAAACUUCUUCACUCUAGUGACCUUCCUAGGAUCUCAGGGGCUCCUGCAGUCCCUGUCCUAUGAGAAACUAGUGGGUUGCUGCCUGAUGACAAGGGGGUACCUCAACCCCUCAGUCAUACUGCCUUCUUCUUCUCCCCCAAGUCCCCUGCAGGAUCCACCCUCAUUCCCAGGCUUCUGGGCCCUGUUCUUAGGAUCAGUGGCAGGGAGAGAAGGGUGUCUCUUUUCUCUCUUCUAAUUUUCAGUAUAACCAAAAAUUAUCCCAGGAUGAAGUAGGGCAUUUGCCCCUUGCCUCAUUCCAUUCUUGUGCCAGCAAGAAUGGGAUGGGCACAACUGAGCUGGGGGUCAUCCUUUACUGCCCCCUUCUACACUCAGUUCCCAGAUGUAUGGCAGGAUGGGGGCACUCUCCUCCUGGCUACAGCAGAGACCCCUGGCUUUUUGGGUAACCUAGUUAGUGAGAAGGGGGCAGGAGGAGAUAGCUCCACUGCAAGUGGAGGUCUCUUUCCACAAGUGUUUCCUGCCCCAGGCCACAGCUGUCCCAUUCUCUGCUUCCUUGAGAUUCAAACCAAAGGCUGUUUUUCUAUAUUUAAAGAAAAAAAAGAAAAAAAAGAAAGUAAAAACCAAACACAACACCUCACAAGUUGUAAUGCUUGGUCCUCUCUCUCUCUCUCUCCUUUUCUCUUCCCUUCCAUCUUUAUUUCCAUAUGUCCUUUCCUUAUUGGCUCUUUUGCCUCCUACUUUUCUCACUCCCUAUCAGGGAUAAUUUAGGGGGAUGGUGAAGGGUUGGCUAAGGAACAGAUCCUGGGAUUGGGGCUCCUAAGGGCUCUAAGAAGAGUCUACCUUACCCUCUUAUGGGAAGGGAGACCCUAGAAAAACUCCUCCUCUAUUUCCUUUUUCUCCCCCAUUAUGUAGUCUCCCUAAGAGAACCAGAUUGCCAGGAAGGGGCAUUGUGGGUUGAUUGUUCCUCCUUGACAAUGUAGCAAUAAACAGAUGCUGCCAAGGGCAAAGGAUGAGGGAGUUAACUGGAAGGAGAGUGCUCUCUAGGUAAGGGGAGGGUCAUCACAACAGCACCCUAGGGAAGCGGCUCCUUGUUUCAGGAUGGCAGCAGAGUGGAGAUUAAUAUCUAGGGUUCUCCUCAACUGUUCUGGUUAUUGAGCCCCUUCCUGUUCGACCUAUCCCUUACCACCUCUUCUGCGUCUGCUAUGUAUUUGGUGACACCUCAUAGGGACUAGUCCCUUCUGAGGUAUCAGAGCCUUAGGGUGCCCACAUCCCCUCCCCCAGUCAGCUCUGGCACCUGUAACCUCCUGGAACAUGAAGGACUAUGCUCUGAGGCUAUACUCUGAGCCCAUGAGAGCAGAGACUGGAAGGGCAAGACCAGGUGCUAAGGAGGGGAGAGAAGGGGACGCUGUCUCUCUCCAGACCAUCACUGCACUUUAACCAGGGUCUUAGGUACAAAAUCCUACUUUCCAGAGCCUUCCAGCUCUGGAACCUCAAACAUCCUCAUGCUCUCUCCCAGCUCCUUUUGCAUAAAAAAAAAAAAAAAGAAAAGAAAAAGAAAAAAAAAAACAACAAAAAACACAUUGAAACCCACAUGGAGAAAAGAGGUGUUUUCCUUUUAUAUUAAUAUUCAAAACUAAUACCACACACAAAAAAUUUCUAAAUAGACACUUUUCCAGACCUUUGUUUUUUUGUGUCAGUGUCCAAGCUGUGGAUGGGAUUUUGUAGUACAUCCAGCAGCUUCUUUCUUUAUGUAUAUAAUAUAUAUAUAUAUAUUAUAUAUAUUUUUAAUCAGAAGUUAUGAAGAACAAAAAGAAAAAACACAGAAGCAAGUGCAAUACCACCUCUCUUCUCUCUCUCUCCCAGGGUUUCAUUUGUAGCCUAUGCUUGGUGUCUCCUUGGACCUUACCCUUUCACCUCUUCCUCUUCCUUUGGUUCCCCCAAGCCCCUUUUUUAAAGAGUUUUUCUCCUUUGUCAAGGGGAGUUAAACUAGCUUUUGAGACUUAUUGCAAAGCAUUUUGUAUAUGUAAUAUAUUGUAAGUAAAUAUUUGUGUAACGGAGAUAUACUACUGUAAGUUUUGUACUGUACUGGCUGAAGGUCUGUUAUAAAUAAACAUGAGUAAUUUAACACC